AUGCAUCCCGUCAAUCGUGUAUCGACACCACCUCUGUCCACACCUGUCCGCACCAACGAUAGCUUAGUGUACGAUAAUGCAGCAGUUGGCCAUCAAUUAGGCGUUGAUCGCAAUGAUAUGCUUGCACCUGCUGUCUCCAGAGUACUUAUUAUCUAUACGGGCGGUACCAUUGGUAUGAAGCACACGCCUGAACAUGGCUAUAUUCCUCUGCCAAACUACUUUGCAGAAUCGCUCUCCAAAGUACGUCGAUUCCAUGAUCCUGGCAACGGAUCCGACUAUUCAUCUCUUUCACGCACCUCAUCACACGACAGUCUUGAUAGCCUCAACAUCUCUGACAAGGCCUCCACACCCAAAGAAUUCGGCACCGUCACCAACACUGUCAAGGCCAUUGAGCAACAAGGGCCUCACAAGGGGCAAAGCAAGACCUUCCAACUGCCCAGCCUGAUUACACCUGUAAGCUUGUUUGGCAAAAGAAUUAGAUAUUCUAUUCUUGAAUAUGCACCUCUUUUAGAUUCGUGUGACAUUACCAUGUCAGAUUGGGUGAGAAUUGCAGGCGACAUCAAGGAAAACUAUCAAUUGUAUGACGCAUUCAUCGUGCUGCAUGGCACAGACACCAUGGCUUACACAGCCAGUGCACUCAGUUUCAUGUUGGAGGAGCUGGGUAAAACUGUCAUCAUCACUGGUUCUCAGGUACCUUUGACAGAGGUCAGAAACGACGCUGUAGAAAACCUCUUGGGCGCACUCACCAUUGCAGGCCACUUUGUGAUUCCAGAAGUGUCUUUGUAUUUUGGAAAAAAGCUGUAUCGUGGUAACAGAACAAGUAAGAUCAGUGCUGUUGAUUUCGAAGCAUUUGAUUCUCCCAACAUUCCAUCGCUUGUCGAUGUUGGUAUCAACAUUGACGUCAAAUGGCCACUUGUGCUUCGUCCUACACAUAUCGCUAAAUUCAACGUCUGCCAAAAACUCAACCCAAAUGUCGGUUCACUCAGACUCUUUCCCGGUAUUAACGAUUCCACCAUCAGAGCCUUUUUAGCACCUCCGCUUCAAGGAGUCGUUCUUGAGACAUUUGGUGCUGGCAAUGCACCCGCUCGUCCUGCUUUAUUAGCUGCUUUGAAAGAAGCCAGCGAUCGCGGCGUCAUCAUUGUCAACUGUACGCAAUGUCGAAAGGGUCUUGUUACAGAUGCCUAUGCUACUGGUAAGCAGCUGUCUGCCAUCGGUGUUGUGCCUGGUGCAGACAUGACACCCGAAUGUGCUUUGACCAAAUUAGCCUACUUGCUUGGAAAGACGCCCAACAAUCCAGAGCAGGUACGCAAGAUGAUGACCCGUAACUUGCGUGGUGAACUGACUGUGCGUGCACCUUACCAACGUUUCAGUGCCUCCAACAAUCGCACCAGCCUCCUUGUCAACAUCUUGAUGAAGUUUUCUGCUCGCGGUAAAUUUGCUGCCAGACAAGAACUCGAUAGAAGUGGUGGCACAUUGGAUGAAAAGGUAGAACCUGAAGUGGAUGAGGGAGAGGAGACCGAUUUGACCAUGUCGGUGGAAGAAGAAAUGCUGGCUCAAAAGGCGCUGGGUCCUGUUUUACUCUGUUCUGCUGCUGGAUCCAAUGAUUUAGAGGGCCUUAGUCUGUUGGUGGAAAGUAUGGGCGAAUUAAUCAAUCUCAACUGUGUGGAUUAUGACGGUCGUGUGCCACUGCAUGUCGCCUGCAGAGAAGGUCAUCUUAAAGUUGUAGAGUAUUUAUUAUUGCACGGUGCUGCUAUCCAUGUCCGCGAUCGAUCAGGCCAUACACCCCUCUUUGAUGCAGUGGUAGAGAAGCGAGCCGACGUUGUCAGAAUCUUGCGAGAAGCAGGUGCACAUUUAGCAGAGAACGAAAAGAAUGACAUGGGCCCUUAUUGGUUUAAAGCAAUCAAGAACAACAAUGUCAAAUGGGUCCAAGUUGCUCUGGAAGCAGGCUUCAAUGUAAAUUGGGCAGAUCCUGUUGAAGGUCGUCGAGGCAUCGACAUUGCUGUUUGCGUGGGUCGCAUGUCUAUAUUCAAGACAUUGCUGAAUCAACCAGGAGUGGAUCUCAAUGCAUCUGACAAAUGGGGAAUGACAACAUUAGAUAAACUAGAGUCAUUCAAAAGCAAGCUGGCAUCAGGCAGCCAAGACAAGCGAGUGUCUUCUCUUUCUACAAUUGAGGAAAUGAUGGCAUUGCUCACUGCCAAGUUGGCAUCACCAUCAACCCCUAAAUAA